AUGGCUGAUGAUGAUGUGUCAGAUAUGUUGAAAGCUUGGGGCCUAGAAUCUUAUACAGACGUAUUUAAAGAACAUGGAAUAGAUAUAUCAUGCUUAGCGCUUUUAACUGGUGAUAUGUUGAGAGAAAUUAUGCCUAUGAUUGGAGACCGGGCAAAGUUUAAUGCUAACUUGGAAGAGUGGCGUAAAGUUAUUGCUCUUGCUAAUAAUCAAGCACCGUUUACGGAAUUAUCGAAUGAUUCCCAUUUCACAAUCGAAAUUCCAUCACCAGUAUCGCUCACUUCUUUGACAGCAACAGAUUCAGAAGUCUCAAGUUAUUUUGAUACUCAACAGUCUUAUUCAUCUGAUGAUAUUCAAAAUUCUCAAGGAUCCUACACCACUGAAGGAAAGGCUUUAUUAGCAACUUAUGAUGCUGAUGGUUUAUUAGACAAUAGUGGUCGAAGAAAAAUUUGUAAUUUAAUUGUCAGAAGAGAGUUUCAAGAAGAUCCUGAAAUAUCCGUCAAAACUCAAAGAUUACAUUUUUUAGCUCAAGAGAUAACAAAAGUUUUCCCUAAAGAACAUUUGAGUACAUAUUUCAUACCCUAUAUGAACUAUGAAAAUGUUGAUGAACAAAUACAAUGGUUAAAUAGUUCAUGUGACCCUUGGAAUUUGGUGCAGAAAUAUUGGGAAAUCACUAGAACUAAACGCUUAAAAGAUAUACUCAGUUUAAAUUCUAAAGGUGCUAUUCAGCCUUCUGAUUACAUGAAAAGUUUUCCAGCUUUAAAAAAUCUGUCUGGCUAUAUUCUUUUGAUUGAAGACUUUAACUCCAUCUAUCCGGAAAAAAAGGAAAACCUUUUUGAAAAUUUCCCUGUGUACAAAGACAAGAUUCUUCAAUUAGGACAAAAAAUAUCUAAUACACUCAAGGACCCUAGUUUAAAGUGUAUUAUAAAAGACUAUCUAGAUCUGGCAGCAUUAGAACGUGGAGAAACUUCAUCUCUAGCAGCGUUUAUCAUACUUCCAUUCCUCUUCUUUCCUGUUACAACUAAGAGGAAAAAAGGAAUACCUGCUUGGAGACCUUCAAAAAUUGAAUCCAGAGACGGCUUCAUUACACAUAUAAAAUCAAAUUCAGAAUUUAUUGAAACAAUUACAAGACGGAAACAAAAGUAUAGUCAAUUGGAUAAGUUAGAUACAAUUCUAUGUAUACCAGAAUCGAGCCCUAAUAAUAAUAAUUGUUCAACUAAAAACAGUAUAAGAAAAGUAAUAAGUUCCUUAUAUGCUAAUCCCCAAAUUCCUCGUAAUGUAGUUCAAACAGUAGUUGAAGAUAUGACAGAUAUAUUUAACAGUUUACAUCAAACUAUAAAGGAAAAAACCAACCAAUUACUUUUAAAUGAUACUAUAUCUAAUGAAUCUUUUGAUCAUUUUAACAAUAUUUUAAAUGAAUUUGAACACCCAUUUUCAGACCAUAACACAGAGUACAAAAGAAUUAAAUAUUUUACUGAACUUGGGACAUAUAUUCCUCCUCGUGAAUAUGUCGUGGGUGAAAGAUUAACUGAAACUAGAAAAAAAAACUCUUUUUCCUUGGUUUCAGUCCAUUGCACAGCACAGUUUAUUCCGAUACGUGAUGUAUUAAAGAAUUUUUUCCAAAUUAAAAACUUGUUAUCAAAUACAUUAGAUUAUAUGAAUGAAUGUAAACUUAAUGAAAAAAUACUUUUAAAUUUUUUGCAAGGUAGUGUGUGGAAAGAUAAAGAUAAAUAUCAUGAAUAUCAAACUGUGGUUCCAAUUUUUUUAUUUUUUGAUGAUUAUGAAAUUGGCAACCCAUUGGGUAGCCAUUCUGGUAUCCAUAAGCUUGGAGCUGUGUACUUAUCUAUUCCUUGUUUACCUCCUCAUCAGAAAUCUUCUUUAAAUACAAUUUUUUUGGCAUUAUUAUUUCAUUCAUCAGAUAGGCAAAAAUUUGGAAACAACGUUAUAUUUAAGCCACUUAUUGAUGAAUUAAAUUAUUUAAGAAAUACAGGCAUUGAAAUUGAAACAGAUGAUUUGAAAGUAAAUUUAAAAUUUGAAUUAGGUAUUAUAAUUGGAGAUAACCUUGGAAUUCAUAGUAUCACCGGAUUCGUUGAAAGUUUUUCUUCCAACCAUCCAUGUAGAGUAUGCAAUAUUAGAAAAGAAGAAUUGAGAAAACAGUGUUAUGCUGAUGAUAAUUUGUUAAGAACUGUAGAACAAUACAAUAUUGAUGUUAACGAGGGAGAUGUUUCAAACAGUGGUGUUAAAGAAAAAUGUGUUUGGCAUGAUGUUAUAGGAUUCAAUGUAUUAGAUCAGGUUGGAGUUGAUAUUAUGCACGAUAUACUAGAAGGUGUUGGAAAGCAACAAUUACUUCUCAACAAUCUGUUUAUCAAGGGAAAUUUAGGUAAUACUAUUGAACCAGGUUCUUCUAACAAUCUAAUUAGUGACACUGAUAUCCAAAAUAUAAAAAAAUUUAUGGUAAUAGAUUCUUUAGAUUCACUAAUUAGUUGUUCUUGGAUUUCUAUUAAAGGUACUAAGUACCAAACCACAAUGGUUCUUACUCUUGAUGUAAACCAAAAUAGUCUCCCCGAGUUCGGUAUAAUACAUGAUUUAUAUUUUUAUAAUAAUACAGUAGUUGUAUUUAAAUGUUUAAAAUUAAAUACUAUCGGUUUUGAUGAGCAUUUUUGUUCUUAUGAAGUAAUUAAACUUAGAAUUAAUGAAGUCCUUAUAUAUCAUCAUAUGCUCUAUACUCAUAUUCCUAAUAAUAUUAGUGUACUGUCAAAUGGCUCUACAUAUGUUACAUUGAGAAGUGCUAUUUAG